ACCCAUAAGAUCUAUUGUAUCGAAAUUGUUCAAAAAGAAAUUGUUGUUCCAAAGCAAGCCCAUAUUUUUGCUCUGUAUUGAUUUUUCGCAAUAUAAAAUGACAUCGACUGCUAAAAACAGUCUCCCGAAAAAUGGGAACGCAUCUCUCCGAAAACCUUGUGCUCCACAGGGGAAAAGCAACAUUGACAACUCAUCGAAAGGUUGUAGGCGUACUGCAUACAAGACAUCAUCGGUGCUGUUAUCCGGUGCACUAGAGUUUGGUUUGCUGGACAGUAAGACACGUUGGAUGCCAAUGCAUAGGCUUGGCACUCUACCCAGUUAUUUACGAUCCAAGCGACCAGUAACGACACAUGACUACUCUAAUUCUACGAUUAACCCGAAGAAACGACACAACAAUAUAAGCACUGAGACUGUAGAAAAGUUAGAGAAGUAUACAAAAUCAAAGAUCAUUCCAGAAUCGGCGCAGUUAAUGAACGAAGAACAGUCUGAUACUUCUUCCAUUGAUCGGUGGCCUAAACUAAAAAUGGCGAGUUCUUGUGCCAGAAAGAAACAUAUCUGGGCUUCAGGAGAUACACCAUAUGAGGGCAACAAUCAUACAAAGUUGGACCAGAAAAUUCAGCGACACGAUGAAAAAACGUGUAAUAAGAAACAAAUUAAUCGAAAUCGAGAACUUCAACAAGUAGCAAAAACAGCUCAGCUCGAGGCUUGUCUGAAGAGCCAACACUCGAUUGCUACUUUUAGAGAAUCCCUAGACCCGGAAGUGAUGCAGGAUCAAAAUGAAACAACGAACGGUUCAUGGGCUGGUCCUCCGCAAAAAUAUACAAAAUCAACUCAAAGCAGUGAUCCAGUGAACCUGAUCGAUGUUAGCAAUGCUAGUGAAAAUGAGAACAUAUUUAAUUCCGAAACCUCAGAGAAGCUGGCAACGCAAGGGAAACUACUGCAACAAAUUUUUAUCAGUAAUGCAUUCGUAAAUAACAAUUCUCAAACAAGCCACAUUGAAUCACCUGAACAUCCUGAGGCUACCCACGCUCGGUCAAUGCUGGAACUUGAAAAUUUGCGAAAAGAUUACAGAAUUCUCCAGCAAACGAAAAGCCUAGACGACAUAAUGUUACAGGUUCGUUCGAACCUGCUGGAUUGUUUGGAAUCUAACAAGGAAUCGUUCAAAGCGCGAUGUGAAUUCCUGACCAAGUAUGAGGAUGUCGAUGAGUCACAGGUUCAAGAGUUCGAUACGUUAUUUAACACGGUUUCUGACAAGCAACGGGAAUGUUGGGAGGACGAGAAAACUAUUGCGGAAAUUGAACACAAAAUCCGAGAAUUCAAAACCGUUCGAUCGAAGUUGUUGGAUAUACUAAAGCAUUUAAAAGGAGACAAUCGAAAGAUGUUGGGGAUAAUUAGAAGCAAGGCUAGUUACAAUCACGACACAUCGAAUACUCAUCAUAGUCAACUUCCGGCGCAGAUAUUUGGACAGGUUCAAAAAUGGUUUCCUGGACUCAGCCGAGCAAAGAUAUCAAUGUCGAAGUCGAGUAAGUUUUCGACAGAAUGUAGAGGGAAUCGGAAGAGCACUUGGUAAUUAUUCUGUUAAGUAAUG